CAAGCACACGCAUCCGCAUCCAUUCCCAUCCCUCUCCCCGCUAGCUGCCAAAGCCGAAGCCGAAGGGGAGCGAAGCGGGCGCCCUAUCGCCGAGAGCUCGCGUCCGAGGAGACCUCGCCCGUUCGUUUCACCGCGUGCAAUGGCGGUGGAGCCGGGAGGGGGAGCGGGAGCGGCGCGGUGACCAGAUCUGCUCAGUGAUGGGGAAGGGCCCCGGGGACUCGCCGUACUCGGCUGGGGGAGGAGGAGGAGUCGGGGAUGGCUCACUCGAGGUGCCGGGGGAAGGGGCGCGAGGGCGGCUCCGGUGGUGGCGAUGCGCGGUGGCUGUGCUGCUCGGCGCCGCCGUGAUGCUGUCGGCGAUGUUCUGGCUUCCGCCGUUCGCGCGGCGGAGGGAGGGGCUGCGAGAGGACCGCUGGUGCGGAGCUCAUGUGGUUUUAAGCUUUAGGCUGCAAAGGAUGCUUUCUGAGCUUAAUGAAAACAAAGCAAAACUCGAGUAUGAUAUUUUUGAAGAGAUAGGCAUCGGCAAUUCCACGGUGUCUGUAAUUUCGUUUGAUCCAAUUGCUGAAUCAAACUGGACUACUGUGAUUUUCGGAAUUUGGGCCUACCCAAGUACAUCCACCAUAUCACCGACAGUGUUGAGCAUCCUGCGGUCGUCUCUAGUUUCUUUGGUUAUACAGCAGUCCACUCUCCAUUUGACACCCUCACUAUUUGGGAAUUCAUCUUCUUUUGAGAUCUUGAGGUUUCCUGGUGGCAUAACAAUUAUACCUCCACAAAAUGCUUUUGUCCCUCAGAAACCUGAUGGCUUAUUUAAUUUCUCGUUGAACUUUCCCAUCAAUGUUGUACAAGACAAAGUAGGAGAACUGAAGGUCCAGAUGAAAUCUGGGUUAUUUCUUAACAAUCUUGAGAUCCUAUAUGUUACGUUGACAAAUCUUGAUGGUUCAACAGUUGCCCCUCCUACAGUUGUUCAAACAUCUGUUCUUCUUGCUGUUGGGGCAGUUAAUAAACCACCAUCGUCGCAAAGAUUGAAACAGUUGGCUCAAACAUUAAGAAAUUCUUCUUCUGGAAACUUGGGUCUGAAUCACAAGCUAUUUGGCAGAGUGAAACAGAUUAGUCUGUCCUCUUACCUUCAGCAUUCACUGAACAAUGCAGGUCAUGCUCAUUCCCCAAGCCCAGCUCCACAACCUUAUAAUCAGCCGCAUUCAACCUAUAAGGACAACAAUCAUAACCACCAGCAUCAUCACCACAGUCACCACCACCACCACCACCAUGAUUUUGGCUACCAGGGUCUGCAGCAUUUGACCCCUACUCCUGCUCCUACACACAGCACACCAACUACUGUGAGUUGUGAUUCCAGCUGUGCACACAAGAAAUCACGCAACAAUGCAGAGCACCACUCAGCUCCAGUGCGAUCUAUUGCACCCGUAGCUUCUCCAAGUAGUUAUGAAGCUUCAGGUCCAUAUUUGGACCCAUCGUCAUUUCAUCCGAAGAUUCCAUCAUCACCACUUCCCGCUGUGGUUUUUCAUGCGAUGGCACCAAGUGAGAGCGUGGAAACCUCCAAGACUGACAACAAGUUUUCAUCAAUAUCACCUGCACCAUCUACCUCAUCGGCAUACAGGCUAUUGUUCCACUGGUGUGACGUCGCAUUGCUUCUAUACCUGUCACUGCAACUACUAUAGAGUUGGAAUGUUUCUCACUGCAGAAGCUUGGAUCACCAUUUUGCAAAGAGCCUGGGUAUCAAAAGUUUAUUGAUAGUCCUGUGGUGAUUCCUUGUGUAAAUACAUGUAUAAUGUAGCAAGGGGGUGUAUCUGCGGUCAAAGCUGUAGUGAUGGCAGGCCUAAGUUCACUUACUUCCCUGAGUUGCUUUGUACGUACAAUCACACGCAUAUCAAAUAAAGAAUGCAGUUUUUUUAA